CCAAGUUCAAUCCCUUAUUCUGCACUUACAUUCAUUCUCGUCUCUUACGCCACUCGGAGAGAGAUUACGCGGUUUGAAUUGUGCAAAUAAAUAUUCGUAAUUUUCUGCUGUUUUUCAUCUCUCAACCCUAACAAACAAACAACCCAAUUUCUUCUUCUCUUAAUCAUGUCAAACAAUCUUCCGACGUCAGGACUUGCUAAUUCCCAAAUCAAUCCAGCUGUUUUGGAGGAGAUCAUCUGUUCCGACUUUAUAAUAAAAGAGAUCGACGGCGCAUCACUUCUUCACAUAGCUUCCGAGCAGAUAGUUCGACCAAUUGUAAAUAAGGAAAAUGAACAGCAGCUGAAAUAUCUGAACAAUGGAAAAUGCUAUUCUGGUGCUGCUGGCAGCUCUUCUGAACCGAGAUACAUGGAAUUACGAUUCUCAUCUAAUGUUUCGGAGACUGUAUGGACAGCAGAACCCAUACGAGGUGAAGGGAACAGCUCCAUUUUAGUAACUCUAUUUGAUGUUCAUACUGGCGAAACUGUCAUCUCCGGACCAGAAUCUUCGGCAAAAUUGGAAAUAGUUAUCCUAAAGGGAAGCUUUGACAGAGAUGAUUGGACAGCAGAAGAGUUCAGCCAAAAUAUUAUAAAGGAAAUGAAUGAGAAAAAUAUCCUCAAGGGAAAUGUUCUUCUUGAACUAAAAGGCGGCAUAGGAACCUUGGGCGAUCUCUCGAUCUUGCAUGAUAAGAAUUGGAAGCCGGUUAGUAAGCUAAGGCUUGGAGCAAGAUUCGUGGAUACUUUUCAAAAUAUCAGAGUAAAGGAAGCAAAGACAAACACUUUCACUAUGAAAGACAAAAGGAUGAAAGAUAAUAGGAAGGGCGUAGAAGUAGUAUCUCUCAGUGAUAAUGUAAGCCGCCUGAAAAACAUUGGACAACGUGGACCUAUUGUUGAGCGUUUGAUGGAAAAAAACAUAAAAACUAUAAAAGAUUUUCUAAGUCUAUAUUUUGCACGCCCUGAUGAGCUGCGGAGGAUCCUUGGGCGUGGCUGGAGUGAGGCGAAAAUGCAGGCUACCAUAAAUCAUGCUCUUAAAUGCAAGGGAAGCACUGCACUUAAGUGUGAUGCACACAAACUUGUGAAAUAUGCUUUUGAUAACAAGGAGGAUGGGGAGGGAGUUGUUUGGGAUGAAACUUUACCGCCUUUAGUUUCACCUACUACUACUACUGCUUGUGCUUCUAAUGGUCCUUUCUCUUUUUCUUCGUCUUCCAUCAUGGGUGAGGAUGUUGUUGCAGAGACAUCAGUUGGAACUGCUUUCCUCAGUGAAGAAGAGAGAAAUGCAUCACUUUUUUAUGAUCCUCUCUUAAUCAUAAAAAAUGGACAUGAUCAUUCUACUGCUACUACUACUUCAGGGGGGAUAAUCUCGAGUUCUUAUAAUGAUCAUUCUUGGAAUGUUAUUGGCGAAAAUGAUCCUAAUAAUAUCUUUCAGGUACCAGAUAUGGAUGAUUUUAACUGGUAUAAUCAUCAUAUGUUUCGGAUACCAUCAUUUAGUUACGAGGAUCAAAUAUGGAAUGGAUUGCAAUGAGGUUUGAUGCUUGCUCUCCAAACAAUGUUCCUAAGAAAACAAAAACAAAAACAAAAGUGAGCUUCUUUCUUUCUGUCUAUUUUACCAUUUUUGUGAGCCGGUGAUAGUUCAUGGGUCCAACUGCACAAAAAUCCAGAUGGAUAUCUAUCACAUGGAGCUCCUUUCUCAUUUUGUGUAGAGAAAUUGAAAAAAAAAAAAAAGAAAAAAAAAGAAGAAAAUAUAAUCCUUUUAAUUUAUAUUUAUGUUUAUUUUAUCAUUGUAAUGUAAACUUGAGGUUACCAUAGUAAUAUUCAGCUUGUGUUUUAA